GCCAUCUCCUGGCUAAUGACGGUUCAGACCGCAGCAUUAUACAGUCUGUGACCGGCUAAAGAAAGCUUGCAAAUGCUAACUAGCUUAGCCACGCUUUCCUUUUUUCUUUUUAGCUCAGCCACUUUUACAGCAUUAACUUGUGGGGAAAGUACUUCCGGUAGGUCAUGGACUCGAUUGUAGUAGAAGGUUUACCUUCCCCUAAUCCCCCACCGCCAACCCAAGAGGCUAGAACUGUAGCUUCAGAUGUAAAUAACGAUAGCAGCAUCACGUCUUCGAAGAAGAGGAAAAUAAACAGUUCAGAGAAGGAAGACAUUGAUUCAAUCUCUUCAUCUCCUAAAACAACAAAUUCAUCUUCUUGCUCCUCCACUUCGCACCACAUCCAGAAGAAGUUGAGGUUCGAAGAUUCAGUAGAUUUCAUUGGGCUCGAUGUGAAAAUGGCCGAGGAGUCGUCCUCGUCUGCAUCUUGUUCCUCUAACAAGACAAAAACAAUGUUUUUGACUGGGGGUGUUGUGCAUCAUGCAAACGGACUGACCAAAACUGCAGGCUCUGCUACCUUCUCCAAUAGCAAACCUGGAGCUGCAAAGAAACUAGUCAUCAAGAACUUCAAAGAAAAACCCAAAUUGCCAGAGAACUACACACAUGAAACCUGGCAAAAACUGAAGGAGGCAGUUGAGGCAAUUCAGAAUAGCACUUCAAUCAAGUACAACCUUGAGGAACUUUACCAGGCUGUUGAGAACCUCUGCUCCCAUAAGAUAUCUGCCAAGCUUUACAAACAGCUGCGAGUGGUGUGUGAAGACCACAUUAAGGCACAAAUCAAUCAAUUCAGAGAGGAUGCACUGGACAGUACGCUCUUCCUGAAGAAAAUCGAUAAAUGCUGGCAGGAUCACUGCAGACAAAUGAUCAUGAUUAGAAGUAUAUUUUUGUUCUUGGACCGCACAUACGUUUUACAAAAUUCCAUGCUGCCAUCAAUCUGGGACAUGGGCUUGGAGUUGUUUCGGUUUUACAUUAUCAGUGAUCUGAAGGUACAGAGUAAGACCAUUGACGGCAUCCUGCUGCUCAUCGAAAAGGAGCGCAGCGGCGAGACCAUCGACCGCAGUUUGCUCCGCAGCCUACUGAGCAUGCUCUCUGACCUGCAGAUUUACCAGGACUCCUUUGAGCAGCGCUUUCUGGAAGAGACUAAUCGUCUGUAUGCCGCUGAGGGACAGAGAUUGAUGCAAGAGAGAGAGGUCCCAGAGUACCUCCAUCACGUUCACAAACGCUUGGAGGAGGAAGCUGACCGAGUCAUCACGUAUUUAGACCAAAGUACACAAAAACCUCUUAUAGCCACGGUGGAAAAACAACUACUGGGCGAACAUCUCACUGCAACCCUGCAGAAAGGCUUGAAUCACCUGCUAGACGAGAACCGAAUACAGGACUUGUCUCUCCUCUAUCAGCUAUUCAGUCGAGUCAGAGGGGGCGUGCAAGUCCUUCUGCAGCACUGGAUUGAGUAUAUCAAGGCCUUUGGAAGCACGAUCGUCAUCAAUCCAGAAAAGGAUAAGACCAUGGUGCAGGAGCUGCUGGACUUCAAGGACAAAGUGGACCACAUCAUCGACACAUGCUUCAUGAAGAACGAGAAGUUUGUCAAUGCCAUGAAGGAGGCAUUUGAGACCUUCAUCAACAAGAGGCCAAACAAACCGGCCGAGCUCAUAGCAAAACAUGUGGAUUCAAAGCUGAGGGCGGGAAACAAGGAGGCGACGGACGAGGAACUGGAGAAGAUGUUAGAUAAGAUCAUGAUCAUCUUCCGAUUCAUUUACGGCAAAGAUGUUUUUGAGGCCUUCUACAAGAAAGAUCUGGCUAAGAGGUUGCUGGUGGGAAAGAGUGCAUCCGUGGAUGCUGAGAAGUCCAUGCUGUCCAAACUGAAACAUGAAUGUGGAGCGGCAUUCACCAGCAAGCUGGAAGGCAUGUUCAAGGACAUGGAGCUUUCCAAGGACAUUAUGGUGCAGUUUAAACAGUACAUCCAGUGUCAAAACAUCCCUGGUAACAUUGAGCUGACGGUGAAUAUCCUAACCAUGGGAUACUGGCCUACGUACAUCCCAAUGGAGGUCCAUCUACCUGCAGAGAUGGUGCGGCUGCAGGAGAUUUUCAAGACGUUUUACUUGGGCAAGCACAGCGGCAGGAAGCUACAGUGGCAGUCGACAUUAGGCCAUUGUGUUUUAAAAGCGGAAUUUAAGGAGGGAAAGAAAGAGCUUCAGGUUUCCCUUUUUCAGACAUUAGUGUUGCUCAUGUUCAACGAAGGAGAGGAGUUCACCUUGGAGGAGAUCAAGUUAGCUACAGGAAUAGAGGAUGGCGAGCUGCGUCGGACCCUUCAGUCGUUGGCAUGUGGCAAGGCGCGGGUCAUCCACAAAGUCCCCAAAAGCAAAGACGUGGAGGACGGAGACAAGUUCUCCUGCAACGAUGACUUCAAACACAAACUCUUCAGGAUUAAGAUCAACCAGAUCCAGAUGAAAGAAACAGUGGAAGAGCAAGCCAGCACCACGGAACGAGUCUACCAGGACAGGCAGUAUCAGAUUGACGCUGCCAUCGUCCGGAUCAUGAAGAUGAGAAAGACUCUCAGCCAUAACCUCUUGGUGUCUGAAGUCUACAACCAACUCAAGUUCCCUGUCAAGCCAGCUGACCUGAAGAAGAGAAUAGAGUCUCUAAUUGACAGAGAUUACAUGGAGCGUGACAAGGAGAAUCCAAACCAAUACAAUUAUGUGGCUUGAAGAGUGACGGGGGGAUGGGGGGGUCGAAAAAGAGGAGGGAAAAGAGAGUGGUGAAGAGUGGGAUGGAGAGCAGAUGGUCUAGCCUGGAGGAUGGCUGUUCUGACUACUUGGUCCCACCAAUACUUCUCUGCUCUUCUGCCCCUGAGGAUGCCAGCGUUAACUUCUUCAGCCCAGCAACCGACAACUGAAUGGAUACUGUUUGGCAGAACAUUGACAGGGGCCUGUUUACCUCUGGACGGCAUGCCCACUUAAAUGAGAAUAUCUUUAAAGUAAAAAAAAUCUCUGUGCCGCUCAGUAAGAAUUGGACAAGUGACCCUGGGCAAGAAAAAAAAGAUAAUGGAAAAAGACAAACCAAUGUUGUUUAGUUUGUUCAAUUUUUCUUUCUUUUUUUACAGAGGAAAAAAGUAUUUAUUUUCAAACUUUAUCCACUGUCGUUUGUUAAUGGCAUACUACUUGUUUUUUAAUUCACUACUUUUUUUUUCAUUGUACUUCACUGUGUACUAUCCCAUGCAAAUUGUCACACACCAAACGUUGCGCUUAAAAUACUACACAGAAAAACUAAAAGCUAGUCUCCUGAAUCAAUGUUGUAUGUGAGACCAAUGGUGAGCCAGGUGAAUUUCAGUGUCAAAUGUUUGCAGUUGCAGCCAAGUCAUUCAAUUCUCUGUGGCCUCAUAUUACUCCUGGUUCUGUUAAUCCAUGGCAAUCAAUGGGACGAUUGCUAAGAUGUAGCUAGGCAAUAUAUGAGGACUUGACAGUUAAGUGCCAAAAAUAGAGCACUUCUUUUGUUAUAGGAUUUGUCAAUGCUGCUAUUCAAACACUUUAACUUGUUAAUGUUGUAUGCAUUUCGUUUUGCCCUUAUAGUUUUAAUGUUUUGUUUUUGUAGAUACAGACUUGACAAAGAAUCGCAUUGUAAGUUUAAACUUCAAUUUGUCCUUUGGUCUUUUUCUUAACCCCUAGAGGUGAUCUAAUACUGCAAAAAGCACAGCGACUUCAACCUGUUUUCCCUUACGUUCAAUAUCUCUCAAUUUACAAGCAUUACAUUCUUAGUAAGUCGACACUUUAGGGCUUAUGGCAGGCCAUGCAUUUGUGGAUUGGUGGAGUUUUUCUCUCAACAAAGUAAUUUGUUUAUCGAGAAAUCAUGCUUCUCUGGACAUUUUGUCCAUUGUCUGAAUAAAUAUGUUUGUUUUAUUGCUUCAGAUUAAAAAAAUUAUCAGUG